GGGAGGGAGGGAGGGAGAGAAAGGAAUAAUAAAAAUGAAUCUCAAUCGAUAUAAAAUUUCACGAAAUUAUUUAAUUCGAAGGGAAUUAUAUGGUUUCACGUUUUUAUCAAAGACCUCAUAAAUUUUACACGAUAUAUGUAUAUAUUACGAAAUUAACAAUCGAAUUGAACAAUCCGUGAACGAAUAAAGUGAACGGGAAUAUUGUGAAUAAUAAAAAUUAUAGUGAUACAAAGAAGUGUUAUUAGACCGUUCUACGUCAUGGAGAUGUAAGAACGCAAGGAAGGCUGGAGACAUGAUAUCUUUCCGAGAAUAUAUAUAUACAUAUAUAUAUAUACUCAAGAAUCUAAGAUUAUAUUUUAUCGUCUUGGAUAUUAAAAGGACAUCUUUCUAAUACAUGUAUAUACCUAUAUACAUAUGUAUUAUAUGUAUCGACGUAUAACGUACCAAGAUAAUUCGAAAGAACAUACCUCGUAAUUGGAAAAUUGAGGGAAGAGGAAGAAGCAAAGCUUAAUCCGUGUCUUUUAUUUUCAAAAGAACCUCUCAACGGGAAUGAAAACUAUGCUUAACGUUAAAAAAGAUAUAACUCGUUCACUCGUUUUACUUUCGAAAAGUGAAAAUAGAAGAAGAUGAAGAAAUAAUGUGAGUAGUUGCCCGAACGAACUUUGAGCAGUGCGAGGAAAGGUCAAAGGAUAUAUACAGUCGUCAUUAAGUUUCUGACCAACAACCACUGUGGAUAAUAUAUGAGCAGACACAAACGCAUAUAAAUAUUUUUAUACAAGUUUUGAGUACAUAGAAAUACGAGAUAUAACUGUUAUUAAAAAAUAAUUAAUGAAGAUAAUCGAUCGAGUGCUGUGAAAUCGAACGAUCAUUAUUUGUAUGAAAAAAGAAGAAAAAGAAAGAGAGAGAAAGAGAGAAAGAGAGAGAGAAUAAAAAAGAGAAAGAAAGAUAGUAGGUCAUCCACGAAAUUUCAAAUGUGACGAGUUGUUCCAUCCUUGUUGUCGUUGUCGUCGUCGUUGUUUUUUUUAACGCUCGAAGGGGUUCACGUGAUUUGUCGAGAGUAAGAAGACGACAACUCACCGAGAAUGCGAACGUGGUGGUUGUCCAGGCGAACACGAAGAAUUGGAAGCCAUAAUCUGUUGAAGAGAGUUUCUAGGUGAGAGAAACGUACAAAUUAAGAGAGACUCUCGUCUAGAGGAGAACGGAUAAAGUGGAGAAAAGUGUCGAAAGGAACGAAGAAAAAGAAAUAGAGAAAAAUGACAAUGAACGGAGGAAUAACUUUUGCAACCUUUGAGAGAAAUUGUAAAAGAGCAAUCUGAAAAUGAAGAAAGAUUAAAUUCUGUGAAAAUAAAGAAUUGCUUGCAACUUUCUCUCUUCAGACGAGAAAGAAAGAGAGGGAAAUAGAAAGAGAGAGAGAGAGAGAGAGAGAGAGAGAGAGAGAGGGAGAGAGAUAGGAAAUUUUUCGAAAGAUGAGAAGAAUAAAUUAUCGUGAACAUUAUGCACGAUGAGCCGGUUUAUUGGUAUCUCGAAGACUCAAAGUUCGUUUCAUCAUUGGUUUGGGGUGAAGCGUCUUUAUCGAUAGGAAGGGUGGUGGUUAGAGCUCGUGGGAUGAUCGAAAGAGACCGUCGUGGCAAGUGACGAAACGAGUGAAAAGUUCGUUCGAGUGUAAUUCCUUCGAUUAUUGAAACUUUUUCUUCGAUCACGUAGUCUCGCGUAGUUGAAAAUAUAUUAAAAGAGAAAUAUAGAUAGAUAAAUCGAGAGAGAGUGAGAAAGAGAGUAAGAGUGUGUGUGAGAGAGAGAGAGAUAGAGAGAGAGAAUGAAAAACAAGUGGUAUUAUGAUCCUGCUAUCAUGAAUAUCAACUAUUAUUUCUGAAAUUUUAAAUAACAUCUUUCUUAUUAGAAAAAGUUCGUCGAAGUUCUUCUUUCUUUCUUUAUUUAUUUAUUUAUUUCUUUUUUUUAAUAAAUUGUCAGUAAGUUCGUGAACCAUGAACGACGUUCGAAGAUCAUCAUCGAUCAAAACGACGUCGAAAUUCAUCGACGUCGUCGUCGUCGUCAUCGUCGUCGUCGUCGUCGAAGAAUUGAAUAACGAGCAUUUAACACGCUCAUUGGCCAUGAAGGUGAAGAGAUCGUCGGGAUGCUGCACGCUGUUAUGCUAGGGAGUGGACCGGGACGCGGUAGACGCGAGUGGUAUCCUGGAUUUUAUCUCCAAAGUCGUCGACUUGGCCGCAGGAUGAAUCGUGGCGAACAGGAAACUCUUUUUCGGCAGAGUCGACAAUUGACUCGCAUUGUACCAUCGCAUGAGGACCUUGUCCUUAGCGUCCUCAAGGCACCGAUAAGUCAACAACAACAACAACAACAACAACAACACAGACAACAUUAUCGAUAUCACCAACAUCAAACGCAUUCGCAGGAACAUCAUUUCAACUGCCAAGCACAUUCGGGUCAUAGAAGGUGCAAUCAUUCAGGUGACGCGUACAACGAGAGUCUUCCACGAAGCAAGGACCAAUGCUCUAGGCUCACGGAUAAGAGAUGCAGUAGUAGCAGUUUGGCGGUAUAUGCUGCCCUUCAAGGUAGCGAGGAUGAGCUCGCUGAGAUUGAACAUUGUCUUGAGUCGGAGGACGCGGCCUUAAAAACAGCAGAAAGCGAAACAGAGGACACCGAGGACAACGGUGCACCGAUGGAAGAGCCACCCCCCUCGCCUACACGAAGAUUCACAUUUUUACGUCGUUUCCGUUCGCCACGUUUUGGCGAGGCGCAUCACAAACGAGUUCCAACGCCUAUGAAAAGGAAACAUAGAAGAAAGAAAACCAAAGACGACAUUAUUGAGAACGAAGUGAAUGGUGCCGAGGAAGAACCACCUAGUCCUGAUCAAACUGGUGUACCUGAUCCUUACUAUCCGAUUUAUUUACCUAUCGAUCAGGCCUUCAAAGCAAAAUACGUGUUCCAUCAUAAGAAGGGGAAGACUUUUCAAGAGAGACUUUAUGUUUUCCUUGAACAUCCCGGUGGAUGGCUCUGCUUCGUCUAUCAUUUCACUGUGUUCAUGGUGGUAUUGGUGUGCCUCAUAUUUAGUGUAUUGUCAACGAUAGAUCAAUACAGUAACUUCGCGAACGAAACUCUGUUUUGGAUGGAAAUAUGUUUGGUGGUGUUCUUUGGUGUGGAAUACUUGGUCCGUCUAUGGAGUGCGGGUUGCAGAUCAAAAUACAUGGGAUGCUGCGGGCGGUUGCGAUUCAUACGAAAGCCGAUUUGUAUUAUAGAUUUAAUCGUUGUGGUGGCAUCCAUGGUGGUUCUUUCGGUGGGCAGCAAUGGUCAGGUUUUCGCAACUUCCGCCAUAAGGGGAAUAAGAUUUUUGCAAAUAUUGCGGAUGCUUCAUGUCGAUCGUCAAGGUGGCACGUGGCGACUUCUCGGAUCAGUUGUCUUUAUUCAUCGUCAAGAGCUGAUCACGACGCUAUACAUCGGGUUCCUAGGUCUUAUUUUCAGCAGUUACUUCGUGUACCUUGCCGAAAAAGAUGCUGUCGGGCCCGAUGGAAAGACAGACUUUUCUAGUUACGCUGAUGCACUUUGGUGGGGUGUGAUCACCGUAACCACGAUCGGUUAUGGUGAUACUGUCCCACAAACCUGGAUGGGAAAAAUCGUGGCAUCGUGUUUCAGCGUGUUCGCCAUAUCCUUCUUCGCACUUCCAGCCGGUAUACUUGGCUCCGGCUUCGCAUUGAAAGUUCAACAAAAACAACGGCAGAAACACUUCAAUCGACAGAUACCGGCCGCGGCUAUGUUAAUACAGUGUCUGUGGAGGUGUUAUGCCGCCGAUAAAGCAAUAAACAGUGUCGCUACGUGGAACAUUUAUAUAAAGGAUCCAACGCCAGCGGGACAACCAUCGACGCCAUUGGGAAAGUUGAUUUGUGUAAAGAAGAUGUCUCUGAUGAUCCAGGUGGCAAAGAAGGCGAGCGUACUGAAGAGACGGAAAUCUCGUAACCGGAUGGAUGUCCAGCAACAGCAACAGCAAUCUUUACCACCAGUAACGAUAUCCGGUAGUAUAUCGGCCAGUGGCGGUGGUGCUGCUGCAUCUCAAACCGAUAAUCAGCGUCUCGAGAACGAGGGAGAUGUUGUAUUUUAUAUGGAGGAACCUAAAGCGGGUACUCCUAAUCGUGCCAGGCGUGACAAUCGGGGGAGCCUCUUUACUUCCCAGACAAGUUCGGUGACUGAGGCCACCAGCGAUGAAAUUGACAUUGACAUCGAGGAACCGCAAAGGGUCACAACGCUCACCGAGGCGCACAGAAAUGCCAUAAGAGCGAUCAGAAAGAUCAAGUAUUUCGUCGCCCGACGAAAAUUUCAACAAGCGCGAAAGCCUUAUGACGUACGAGACGUCAUUGAGCAAUACAGUCAAGGUCAUCUCAACAUGAUGGUGCGAAUUAAGGAGUUACAGAGGAGAUUGGAUCAGACCCUGGGUAAGCCAGGCAGCUACCUGGCAGGCAUCGACCGGGCUGGCAACGUGAAACCCAUGACGAUCGGCGCGCGCCUUUAUCGAGUCGAGCAGCAGCUGUCGGUGAUGGAUAAAAAAUUGGACCAACUGGUAUACGUGCUGAAUGCGGUGGCUCAGAAACAGCAGAUCCCCCUGAGGAGUAUUGAAGACGAUGUGUAACAGAAAGCCCCCGGCGAAUUCGUGCCACCCUUUUUGCGGGUAUCGAUGACGAGCCCAUGGAUAUUGCCACGAGUGACCAUAACCAAUGUUGUACCUAACAUGCUUAGCAAGAGCAGCUGACUCGGCAUUAUUCCGAUAUACGUAGCGUCCGUUACUGGGACCUUUCUCUCGACUCGUGUGUAUAUAUAUAUAUAUAUAUAUAUAUAUAUAUAUAUAUAUAUAUAUAUCUUAUUUCCGUUCUACUUCCUUUCACAAAGAAAUCAAAUUGAUCGGAGAAAGGAAAAGAAGAAAGAAGAACCAGCUCGUCGAUUUUCAUCCUUCUCUGAAAAUUAAGUCUUUAUUUCAUUAAACUUACGAGACGAAGGUAUGAAAAAAAAAUAAUAAGAAGAAGAAGAAGAAGAGAAAGAUUUUAGAGCUUUUUCGAUACACGCACAGGAGUCAGUUAAUAUAUUUAUAUGAAUAUGUAUGUAUAGAGAGAAAGCGAUGUACAAGUUUACGAGAGUUGAACAAAUGAGAGAGAGGGGGGGAAGGGAGGAGAGAGUGAGGGAAGGAAUGAGGAUGCGUUAACUUUCGACGAUUGAUUGAUUCGAAUAUCAUUUCAAAUUUUUAUCUAAUAUGAAAUAAUUUCGAAACUUCUCAAUAUUUUCAUCGUACGUACUUACGUAUUUACGUGUAUAUAUAAUUUAUAUAUAUAUAUAUAUAUAUAUAUAUAUAUAUAUAUAUAUAUAUAUAUAUGUAUGUAUGUAUGCAUGUAUAUAAAAAUAGUUUCGGAUUUCUUUUAAGUAAGUGAGAACAUCGUAGAAAUUCAAAACUUAAAAAAAUGAAAUAAGAAUAUAUAUAAAAUUAAAAAUAAAGAUAAAAUCUUUCCAACGGUCGGAUAUACAUGUCAAUUUAUUUCUUUUAAUAAUUAAGUAAAGUGCACAGUAUAAAGUAA